CCCCGUCCCACGUCCAGCUCACUUCCAAAUCAAAAUCUACUUGUCCAAUUUACCUCUCACUCCACCAAUUCAAAACCCUAGAUUUCUUCUUUCUCUCUGCAAAAAUGUCCGGCCGUGGAAAGGGAGGCAAGGGAUUGGGCAAGGGAGGAGCCAAGCGUCACAGGAAGGUGCUUCGCGACAACAUCCAGGGGAUCACGAAGCCGGCCAUUCGCCGUCUGGCUCGUAGAGGAGGCGUGAAGCGUAUCUCCGGCCUCAUCUACGAGGAGACCAGGGGAGUCCUCAAGAUCUUCCUCGAGAAUGUGAUCAGAGACGCCGUGACAUACACUGAGCACGCUCGGAGGAAGACCGUGACGGCGAUGGACGUCGUCUACGCCCUCAAGAGGCAGGGCAGGACUCUGUACGGUUUCGGAGGCUAGGAUGUUGGGAUGCGCUAUUGGAUGUUCGUCUGUGUAAUUGCAGAUCUGUUGGACUAUUUCCGUUUAGUUUUUAGUUAUGUUUUUAGGUUGUAGGUAGCGAUUGUCUGCUUGUUUCGUGAAUGUAAUAUCCUGUUGCAGUUAAAGCAUCACUAAUACCUUCUGUUCUGAUUUUGUGAAUCAAUACAACGUUAUCUGCUCUAUGAAAAUUGAAUUUCGUUCUAAA